AUGGCCAGGCCUCCACAGCUCCGCGCGGCGCGGGCCACGGGGCACGGUGGUGGCGGCGACUACAACCCGUACCUCAGCAGCUCCAAGUUUCUUCCUAGUUUCGGCCUGCCGGAAAUGGCUCUGCGCCGACGUCACUUCCGCUCGCUGGAGAGCGGCCUAGGGUGGAGCUUCGCCCCCUGCACGUGUUUGAGCGAUGCGAAGAAGGCGGGACCCAGAGACCCUCGGGAGCCUGCUGCGCCUGCGCUUUGGAAGAAAGGCGUUAGCCUGAUCUGGACCGCUGAGCCUUUCUUCUUCGCGGCGGCAGUGAAUGUCAACGCCUCCCGGGAGACAGCUGAGACAAGUCCUGCAGGGACACACCCUCCACUGGUUUCCUCUGGGUCCUCUUUGAUCACUUUGGCCAAAGAGAGAAGCCAUCAUGGUUUUGAUGCAGAUCGAGAUGCCAAAAAGCUGUACAAAGCCUGCAAAGGAAUGGGAACGGAUGAAGCAGCCAUUAUUGAAGUCUUAUCCAGCAGGACAUCGGAGGAGAGGCAACAGAUAAAGCAGAAAUACAAGGCAAAGUAUGGCAAGGACUUAGAGGAGGUCCUCAAGAGUGAACUGAGUGGAAACUUCGAGAAGACAGCCUUGGCCCUUCUGGAUCGCCCCAAUGAGUAUGCUGCGCGGCAGCUGCAGAAAGCUAUGAAGGGCCUGGGCACCGAUGAGACAGUACUCAUAGAGAUUCUGUGUACAAGAAGCAAUAAGGAAAUCGUCGCCAUCAAAGAAGCUUACCAAAGGCUAUUUGGCAGAAGCCUUGAAUCUGAUGUCAAAGACGAUACAAGUGGAAACCUAAGAAAGAUUCUGGUGUCUCUGCUACAGGCCAGUCGUGAUGAAGAAGAUACUGUGGACAAAGACCUGGCUGGUCAGGAUGCCAAAGAUUUGCAUGAUGCAGGCGAAGGCCGCUGGGGUACCGAUGAGCUUGCCUUCAAUGAAGUCCUGGCCAAGAGGAGCUACAAGCAGUUGCGUGCUACCUUUCAAGCUUACCAGAUGCUCAUUGGCAAAGGCAUGGAAGAAGUCAUCGAAGAAGAGACAUCAGGAGACUUGAAGAAGGCCUAUUUAACUAUAGUGAGAUGUGCCCAGGACCUCGAGGGCUAUUUUGCUGACCUACUAUACAAGGCCAUGAAGGGUAUGGGGACAGACGAGGAGACGUUAAUUCGCAUCAUUGUGACCAGGGCUGAGGUGGACCUGCAAGGGAUAAAAGCCAAGUUCCUGGAGAAGCAUCAGAAGUCUCUCUCUGACAUGGUUCGCUCAGACACCUCUGGGGACUUCCAGAAACUGCUGGUGGCUCUCUUGCACUGACCCAAGGCUGAGCAACAGCAAUGCGGCGGUGUGGGGAGGGUGCCUUAUCAGGAUUCUUCAACAUAGCAAAUCAAAUUUGCAACUGGGUGAAACCCUUCACCUCCUGGGUUGUUUGCUCAUCAGUCUAAAUGGAGCCCCAAGGCCAAGCUGUUGAAGCCAAGAGCAGCAUCCUCCAAAAUGCUCCAGCAGUUCACCUUGAAUGCUGGCUUAGCAAGAACCUAAACUGCCUCCCAGCCUUCCUUUAGCAUUUUCAGUGAAUGCUUUCUAAGCACAAAUAAAAUCAGCGGUUGGUGGAAAAAAAAAAAAAACAACCACCUGAACAUUCAUAAUAAAAUGUUGAGAAAAUUAUAUGCCUCCCAGAUGUAUAGACCCAAAGUAGAGAUUAAAUGGCUAACGCAGAGUAAAGAUGAGAUUAAACCGUU